CAUUUAGUCGCAUUGAUUACUGCAACAGUGUCUUCAUAAGUCUGUCUAAAAAAAACAGCUGCGGCUGAUCCAGAACGCCGCUGCUCGCGUCUCACUGCUGCUGCCCGUUUUCUGCUUCUUCUGCAGAUUUUUCUCUCUGAAUAUUCAGUUUAAGGCCGAGACGACUGAAGGAUGGACACAGAGGACAAUCAGCCUGAGGUCGUCUCUCCUGUGAGACGAAGGCCGAGAGUUCAGCCGCAAGACUCAGUGGAAAGCUCCCUGUCGGUGGAGGAACCGCUUCCCAUCCCUCCCCAUCUGGCCCACUGGAUCAAGCUGCGGGCCAAGGAGCUGAAGAUCCGGCAGAAGGACCGGUCCUGGGCCGCCGAGUUGGUCAACGACUUCAGGGAGAACCUGCUGAGGUUCCUGAAGAACAGCAGCGACCAGCCGCUGUUCCAGUCGGCCGACUUCCUCACCACAGGGAGCUACUUUGAGAAGGUCAAGAUCUACAUCCCUGAUGAGUUCGACAUGAUGCUGAAGCUUCCGGUUCCCUCUCGCUUCAGCACCACCAAGCUGGACGCCGGCCUGUUCUACCGCAUCGACCUGACCCGGCCCACGCGAACCCCCAUCAAGGACUUCCUGCUGGACGACAGACUCACCCUGUCCUCCAGUAAAAUCCUGACCGAGAUGUUCCGGCUCGUCCGCAAGUUCCUGAAGACCUACAGAGUCCCGGAUCAUCGCUGCCGGUGGGAGUUGAACAGGAAGAAACCCAACUCUCCCGCCGUCACUCUGUCUCUGUGCCGGAGAGACAGCGGCGGGGAGGAGCUGAUUUCUGUGGACGUCGUUCCGGCUCUGGAGGUCCAGAGCUGGCCCCCUGCGGUGCGAAACGGCCCCGACGUGGACAGGUGGCUGGGAACGAAGCUCCGCCAGGAAAUCAGGAGCUUACCUUGUUACUUUGUUCCUAAAAGGCAGAAAGGACGGAAACUGAGUGAAGACGCCAAAGAAAGCUGGAGGAUUUCUUUCUCUCACAUUGAGAAGAAAAUCAUCACAUCUCACGGCAACAAGAAGACCUGCUGUGAGAGCAGAGGCACCAAAUGCUGCCGCAAGCAGUGCCUCAUGCUGCUGAAGUCUCUCAUUGAGGGUCUGAAGCGGCGCUACCCCAAAGAGCUGGAGGACUUGUGUUCGUACCACGGCAAGACGGCCUUCCUGCACACUCUGUCCACCAGGUAUAAUGAUUCCUCCUGGGCUCCUCAGCAUCUUCCCACCUGCUUCCUGCAGCUGGUGGCUGCGCUACAGGACUAUGCCCGCACAGGCUCGCUCCCUCACUUCUUUGUUCCUGAGAGCAACCUCUUCGCGACAUCCGUGUUUCCUCGCAGAGCUCAGGAGUUCCUAGUCAAAGUCCUGGAGGAGCAGAUGAAGGAAGGUCUGCCGCUGCUGAGGCCUCCGCCUCUUCUUCCUUCUCUGAAACCAGUCACCGUCAGAACCGAAAUGAACCCAGAAGAACUUCCUGAAAAAUCCCACCCUCUGAUUUCUUCUGAUUGGCUGAAGCUCAUCCUGGUGUUUGUUGUUGCUGUGGUGUUUGGCUUUAAGUUCCUCUGUUUUUAACUAGGCCAUUGGUGUCCAAAGUCAGUCAACAAGGGACGCUAUCCUGGUUCAGCACACCUGAAUCUAACGAUGGUUCAUCAGCUGAACUGUAUCUGAGGUUGAGCAUUUCAAUCAGCUGUAUUGAAGCAGAAAAAACAUAAAAUUAGCUGCAUCUCCAUUAAUCAUAAAAUUGAGCAAAUUGGAAUUACGAAAAUGAAUUUGUUGAAUAGAAACACGUCAAUUUCAAAAAACUGAAAUCAGUUUUUGGUUGAGGUGGUUCCUCCUGUAUGUAUCACAACAUUUCAGAUUUCAGCAGAUCUUAAUGUGUGUUUUUCAUUUCUUUGAAAGGAAGCAGGAAGAAGGAAUGGCUUAGCGAGCGCUAGCUCCAAGUUUACAUACUAUUUCUUAGUCAAAAUGGUAAUCCUGUAUAUGGAUACACAUACAUGCAUUUAUGAACACGCACAUAUCCAUGUGUGCAUAGACCAUGACGCCAAUUAAUGAAUGAAUCCACUAUCAGUAAGUUUUUCUUUGAUUUUUUUCCAUUUCCAACCAACAUAAAUUUGCUUUUGGAUAAUUUCAUCAUUUGAGUUGAUAAAUUUAUUUCUGACAACAUCCUAAAGCUGCUUUAAAUCCUGAUCAGAACAAAGAGUGGUUGCAUCAUCUGCAAAAAUAAAAAUCAGAAUGUUUGUGACUAAUAUGCA